GACUGGGAGGGAGUGAGAGGCUUACCCGUUGCCGUAAAAUAUUUUGUUACAGCUAGACAUUUUUACUUUUCUUACGACGUUUUAUCAUGUUGGAAUGGCCACCGAACUUGUUGGUUCAGACUUUUGUCGUACUUACGAUGAUUUUCCACACAUUAUAAAGACCGAAAGGAUUCCUCUUAAUGCCUGUCAAUCAAGUAUUCCUGGAUGUUCUAAGGGAAAGAUGGCACAAACUUGAGUUCAAGUGCAUCUUGCUUUGAAUAUGAAUGGACCUUUUAAUGAGAGAAAGAUUUGAGGAAAAUGGCAUGUAAUUAAUUAUUUAAAAUAUGCUUUCUUGUCUUGUUUUAUAUACUCUUUGGUUUUAUUCUUGCAAAUGGAUUUGUGUUGGACGACCCUACCGAGAUGCAGUAGGCUUAUCCAAGAGCAGGAUUGAUGUCCUACUUGCUCACGGUAUAGCUGGUAUUAUCACUCUGUGCAUGGAUCUAAUUGAACAAAUCCCUGCUUUGAUACUGGCUUUGCACGUAUUUGAAAAUUUUCUCCCCCAAAAUAUAAAUAAUUAUGACUGCUCAUCCUGAAAGAUGAGAAUAGUAGCUUCAAGAUGGCCUUUUGCUUUAGGCACAGUUUAACUUGCCAUUGCGACAGAAAGUAAAAGCAUGCACCACUAGCUCAGUGCCUGGAUCGAAGAAAGUUUUUUGGAGCAGAGGAUGUUCUGCACAGACAAUAGUAACUGUGUUGCUCUUGUUUUCGGAGAGUCAUUCACCAGCUGUUGUGACCUUACUGUGUCUAAGGAUUCAAGCAGAUUUCAGAGGUGUGUCACCUCCAGCUUUCCAUAUGGACCUGUUUCCUGAGGGGCUGAACACAAAUCUUUAAAAUUAUAUCUUCAGUGGGAGGAUGUAAUCAUCUCUCCCCAUUCCUACUAGCAGACUUUAUUCAUUCUCCAUUCUCAUAUGGAAACGUCCUGUAGAGGUUCAUGUUAACGUCUUUAAAGAUGCCUUUCAGGCUUUAGUUUGAUAAACAUCUACUGACACAGUAGUGGUCAAUAUCCCUUCAGCUGGGCUGUUGGAAUUGUUUGUGGAGUUGGUCAGUUUGUGAACUGCUUUGGAGAAAGGUUAAAAAUAACUAGUAAAAGUUGCUUAUACUUAGGCUGAUGGUGAAAAAGGUGUUUAUUAAACUGUUCUGACAUUAACAUAACCAUUGUUACAUAUCCCCCAUCUACCUUUAUAGCUCUUGAGUUUCUUGGAUCAAAGGUAGUCAAGAGCUUAAAAUAAUACUUUGUUUAUAUACCCCAUCCCAAGUGCCUUUCCUUUUUCUUUGAUGAUGGUACUGUGGUUGGUUUGGAACUUUCUGAAGAUAGACUGCUGGCUGUUUUAAGAUUGUAAGAUUUCUGUGCAGGGUGUUUUGUCUUCACGUGUGUUUAUAGAGUAUCUAAAAUAGUAUGUCUGUGAUUCUAACAGUGGAUGUAGAGGUAAUGCUUUAAGAACUUGAGUGUUCAUUCCUCGUUCCAAAGUAUUUCUUAUUCUGUAGAGUUUCUCUAGUUUCAGUGUAGGAUACAUUACAGUGUCAAAUAUCCUUGCAUUAGCUUUUGUUGUUGUUUUUAUUUUUGUGUUAUCAUGCUUAAUCUAUCUACUUUCUUUUUUCCUUCAUUUUUUUUUUCUCUUAGGGUAAUAUUCCAGAUAUAUCCUGAAAUCUAUGUUGAAAAGAAAGAACAAUCCUCUAAAAUUUCCCUGAUAAAACAAAAUAAUGCAAACUUCUGCAGAGAGGAUGUGAUCUUCGUGGUGAGCUGGUGGGAAAAUUGAGUUGUAAAUCACCCCAAUGGAUGCGGACAGUGAUGUUGCACUGGACAUUUUAAUCACAAACGUAGUGUGUGUUUUUAGAACAAGAUGUCAUUUAAACUUGAGGAAGAUUGCAUUAGAGGGAGCAAAUGUGAUAUACAAGCGUGAUGUUGGGAAGGUUUUAAUGAAGCUUAGGAAACCUAGGAUUACGGCCACAAUUUGGUCCUCAGGAAAAGUUAUUUGCACAGGAGCCACAAGUGAAGAAGAAGCUAAAUUUGGUGCCAGACGACUAGCUCGUAGUCUACAGAAACUAGGUUUUCAGGUAAUUUUCACAGAUUUUAAAGUUGUGAAUGUUUUAGCAGUGUGCAACAUGCCCUUUGAGAUAAGAUUGCCAGAAUUUACGAAGAAUAACAGACCUCAUGCAAGUUAUGAACCAGAACUUCAUCCUGCCGUGUGUUACAGAAUAAAAUCUCUCAGAGCUACCUUACAGAUUUUUUCCACAGGCAGUAUCACAGUUACAGGGCCAAACGUAAAGGCUGUUGCCAGUGCUGUGGAACAGAUUUAUCCAUUCGUGUUUGAAAGCAGGAAAUAAAUUUUGUAAUUCACCACUUGAUGGUUAGGGAACCUAACCAAGCACCUUCAAAGACUGCUGCACAUUGGACUAAAAGCAAAAAGGAAAACUGGACCAACCAUAGCAGAGGAAUACAGACUCUUUUACUUGCUCAUGGCCACAGUAUAGACUCCAGUUCUUUUGGAUUUUACUCUUAACAGUGCUGUAUUGUAAAAACGGAAGUUUACAAGAUAUGAAAUUGCUGCUUUUAAAAAGACAUUCUAUUUAUUUUUGCAGUAAUUUCUGUGUAUUCAUAAGCAAAGCUGUCACGAUGUGCACUACCUUUAAGACAUUUUUUUUUUAGCUUGAGCUUGUGUUUUAUUUGUGAAUAGUCUUUUACAUUUUUGUAUGCUGAAUAUUGGGCACCAAAGAAGCUGUAAAAGUUAUCUUUUUCACCUGAUGAAUGUGCACAAAUAAAAGUUUGGAAAAUAUUUCUCUUCAUACCUGUUCUGUUAUAUUCCUUCCCUUUUUAUAUUACAAUUAAAAUUGUAUAGUUGCAAAUUAAUUUGAAACAAUGUAAGAAUAGUCUUUUGCUGAUACCUUCUGUUUCUGUUUGUAGUAUGUGUAAAACUUUGUGCUUGGGCUAGACUGAAAUCUAUAGUAAAUCUAUGUUUAUCUGAGGAUGAAAUUUGGUUUGUUCCCAGUUCUCUUAACUACAUGCCAGACUUGAAGUAUUUUCUUGUUGUUACAUGAAGAGAUGACAUUUCUAAAUAUAAAGGUCUACAGCAAGUGUUUUCCUGUAGAUGAAUUGUAGAAUAUGCUGAGUUGGAAGGGAACCAUCAGGAUCACCGAGUCCAACUCCUGGCCCUGUGCAUGACACCCCAAGAGUCACACCCUGUGCCUGAGAGCAUUGUCCAAACGCCUCUUGAAGUCUGUCAGGCCCAUGCUGUCACCACUUCCCUGGGGAGCCUGUUCCAGUGCCCAACCACCCUCUGGGUGAAAAACUUUUUCCUGAUACCUAUCCUAAACCUCUGACUCAGCUUCACGCUGUUUCCUCAAGUUCUCUCACUGGUCAUGAGAGUGAAGAGAUCAGUACCUGCCCUUCUGCUUCCCCUCGUGAGGAUGUUGAAGACCACAGUGAGGUCUCUCCUCAGUUUCCUCUUCUCCAAGCUGAACAAACCAAGUGACCUCAGCCCCUCAUAAGGCUUCCCCUCCAGACCCUUCACCAUCCUUGUGACCCUCCCUUGGACGCUGUCUGAUAGCUUAAUUACGUUAUCAACUUAUGAAGCUACUGUAGAAAAAACAACUGCCUUGUCCACCUACUCAAUGCAAAAGAAAAAAAUUUAAAUGUGAACUUCAGGAAAAUUGUUGUGCUUCAACUGGAGAAGAUGUUGUGGUCACUCUAAUGCAGCCCCAGCCUAUUGUUGAAUGAUUAACACAGACCUUUUCUACACUUCUUAAUGUAUACUGUUUUGUAUACUGACAGGAGCUGCCAACAAGCAGUGAAGCUUGAUUCUGGCAUGUAUUAUUAUUGGUAUUAAACUUGGACUUGGAAGCCAGUAGAUGUUUCUCUCAGUAAGUGCACAUUUGAAGCAGAAGAGAGAUGAAUGCUUAAAAGUAACUGCAAAUGCUACUUUUAAAAAGAUACAAUAAAUAUGUAUAAAUGUA